UUUAAUUUGAUAGAGGUAUUGAACAGAAUCUACAUGUACGCCUUCUUGAUUAAAAUGUUGCAGGGUUGCACGACAAACCGAAUCGGACGCAUGCAUUUGGAAUUGAUUUCUACUGAGCUAAAGGAAAACACACACGUCAUUGUGUUUAGAAUUUGAGGGUGACGAAUUUGAUGUCCGGACCAGCAAAGUAAUUUGCCCGAACAGCAAGUUAGCGUUAUGUGAAUUGUUAGUAUAAUAAGUAAUUUACAGCAUUAACGUUGCAGUCUGAGAGUAUGGUUCGGAUUUUGGCCAAUGGAGAGAUUGUGCAGGAUGAUGACCCCCGGGUUCGGAAACCCCACAAUCGGAGAGAGGAAGUCCAUGUGCCCCGGCAGGGUUUCAUCCGUCAGACUCACGAUGGAGUGCAGGCACAGAACACACCGCAGGCUCCUCACGCUCCCAGGGGUCAGGGCCGCUCCGCCUUCUCUGACAUGAACCAGCUGCUGGUCAACCUGGGCUUCCCUCGCUGGAACCUGGGCACGCAGGUCAUAGAGCCCCUCAUGUCCGUCGGGCUGCUGCUGGUCCUGGCUGUGGUGGGGCUCCGGGGAGCCCUGCUCAUGGGGCUCCUGUACGUGGUGGUGACCCGCAGCCAGCAGUGAUCCCACAGGGACCCCGAGCCCUCAGCACGCCUGCCUGGACUCGGAGCACACAGAGCAGCUUUCCAAUCCAGGGCGCUCCUGCAGGCUUCUGCUGGGAUUGCUGUAAGAAUCCGGAACAUGACACUUGGUCUGUCUUGAGGGUCUUCACUGUUUUAUCUGCCUUGAAUGAUUCUCAGGGAACAUGCAACAGGUUUAAAUGUCUUUAACCUUUUUUUAAUUAAAGAAUAUACUGGUGUAAUCGUUGUGGGGCCUAUUCAGUUGAUUUAAAUGGUGGCUGACCUAAACACAGCUGCUGUUUGAGUCAUCUCUCACUAUGUGUGUGAGUGUCUUUGGUGCGUGUUUCUCUUUAAAAAGUCUGAUAUGGCCUAAUCGAAUAUUUAAAUGGUGGCAGUAUCUAGAUCCACAACUAUAAAAGCCGGGAUGGAAAUAAGACUCCCAAUGCAUAGUGAUUUGAUCCAUUUCUGGUUUUAGUAUUGGUUUUAGCUUGAUACAUACACAGUGUGGCUAAGCUCACAUUAAAACAUGGAAUGUGUAAAACUACUACACAGCAAGGGUCUCAUUUCCAUCCCUGGUUUAGAUCAGUUGAAUAUAGGCAUGUAUCUUCACUUUCAGAAACAGUGCUUUCAGAUCCUAGUUGUUAAUAAUUAAGUUUAUACAAAUUACACAUUUUAAUACAGAGUCUUUCUAAAAUACAGUUUUCUAUAUUUAUAGGCAUAUGUGUUAUCAGCAUAUGAAGAAACAGGCACUGAAAUGUAAACAAACCUGCAGGUCUCUUUUAAACCUGCUACCUGCUUCACCUUCAGGGUUCACAACAGGAUCCCAGUGACCAGAUAAGGGAAUGUUUUCAUGGGAUAUUCAGUCAAAUCCCAGUUCUACUGUCCUGGUUGCUGGAAAGGUGUUUUAACAAAAUGUCAGGAGAUUGGAAUGUAAAUGGUGGGGAGAAGACCUGUUCUAGAUGCAUUAAUAACCACUGCGUGCAGAGGUAUCUAACAUAUUUAAAUGUAAGUGAUUAUUUGUAAGUGUUUUCUUACUUUUUCAAAGCAUUUCAUAAUGCAGUUCGGUUUGGUCCUGCAUUUCCACGUCCGGUUUGAAGCAAACGUCUUGUUUGUUUUUGAAUUCUGUUAUAAACGAGCAUCCAUAGCUGUCUUGAACUUCUCAGUCUAGUAGACAGUUGUGUUUUAUUCAGCUUGUUUUGACUGCAUCAUUCAAUGCCAUUUUUCCAGUUGCCAAAAGUCUGUUUCUUGUUGUUCAUAAAUAGUAGAGUAGAAAGGAUGGAACCAUCCUAUCCUGAAGAAUAGCCAGCUCCCAGCUUUAAAAGGAAUCUCAUUAAAAUGAGAGAAAGCUGAACUUUCACAACCUGGUUAGAAUUGGAAACUUAGAGGCCAAGAGAAACAUUAUAAAACAGGCUGUUCAAGUGUUAAAUAUGGAUCGCUAGGAAAAUGAGAUCCAGAGACUGUGUUCUUUCACACAGUUCACCUAGAUCUUUGGCAAUUUGUGUGCAAUACAGUGUACUUAGAACUGUAAGACUGACCCUAAGACAUUGUGGACUUGCAGAACCAUCUCUAAAUGGUGUUAUUGGGAAUCCAGUUGAGACGGCUUCAUUGCUAGUGGGCAGAGUUAUGUUGUCCAGUUUGCCUCUUCAGUGUUGGACAGAAUAGAAUUUGUAAUUUUGUCAGACACAUGUACAAAGGCUUAACUUUACCCAUAGGCAGUUUCGUGUUCCAUUGGUGAUCUCUCUCUCUCUCACCUCCUCCUGCAAUGCUAAUUGUAACAAUAGUUUCUGAUUCACUCUCUUGACACACUGCAGUACACACGGACUUUGGGUGGUUUGUACAGCUUUUCUAACCAAUGAUGUCGGAGAGAGGUGAAGACCCAUUUAGAAUUGAAGCUUGUAUUUAAGUGCAAUUUGCCUUGUGUAGUAGUUUAACCAGUUCAGUUAUUAAUACCAUGUUGUGUGUGUUUAAAUCGACUGCCACUCUUUUGCUUGCUUCCAGGUGUGCUUUUCUUAGGAUUCAAAAUAAGUGGCACAAUCUACAAGACAUGUCAGAAGUAGGCAGACACAGAAUAUAGAUGUGUGAAAUUGAUAUGCGAUGCAUUUUCUCUGCCAUACACUUCCAUUCAUUUCAUGUGUCUAAAGGUGUAGUUCUGAAAGAACCACAUGUGUUAACACACAUGUAUGUUAAAUUUAAAGUAUGAUAUCUGGAACUGCUCUACGUUUAAAAAAGCUCUGUUUUCAAGCCAUGUCUUGCACUUCCUGGAUCACCUGGAGGGUGAAAUGGUCUUCACCUCUUCACUGGCUUUUUUUCCUGUCAAUAACCAAUCAGCUGCUUCCUGUAUUGACUGACAUGCUUUCAGCCAGUAACAUGCUUUGACCAACAAGACACUGCUGGGGUGAAAUGACAGCAUUGCUCGCAAACAGAUUUCUUUAACCUAGAGUAGUACCAGAUACCAUGUUUUAAAAUGAAAAUUACUGAUUCUUUCAAAACUGCUCAUUUGAGACCAAUGUAGCUAAUUCAAGUGCAACAUGGGUAAGGUUUAUAUAUUUAUUUUGUUAGCUACAAUCACUUUAAAUAAAGCAAGAAAGGCAAACCUGAUUGAAUUAUGGAACACUGCUGGGUCGUGGUAGCAAGCAUGUUUGAGAUUGGUGUUGAUGGACUUCGCCAUGGUAACGUGAGAUUCCUCACCCCUCACUCCUCUCCAUUAAUAAACAGUGUUCUGUCAGGCUGCUCAGCACACCCCUCCUGUGGGCAUGUCUCUGCAGUAACACUGCGCUGAAUCAUAGAACAUAGAAAUAACAUUGCCGCUGAAUCUGGGUAAGAUUAAAGCUAUUGGGGACUUCAAGCUUAAAGCAGUCCCAUUUCCCAAAGCCAUAGAUUUAAAGACAUGAUUGUGCAAGUCCAGCCUUGGUUUUCAUCUCACUAUUAUAAUGAAGAGCCCGAGUGUUUUGCAUUACUGUGUACAAUAUGCCUUGGGAGAGUUUUUUAUUUUUUUAUCUGAAAAAAGAUUUAAGGGAGAAAUUGCCCAGAAAUGCAAAUCCUUACAUAGCUUCAAAUGUCAUUGUAUGUAUUUAAUUGUUCACCUUUACUUGUCUCUUUGUGAUGUUUGCAGUCAUUUGCAGUGCUUCUGGGUUCUGAUAUUAUCCUCUAUAUCUUUUAAAUUGCUUUGAACUUGUCUGGAGAAUCCUAACUGCCUAGCACUGAGCAGACUUCCUCUUUUCAACUCUGCUGGCUCCACCUACUCUGCAUAUACAGGGAGGGGGAGCAGGGGGGUCCAGCCAAGUUGAAAUGCCAUUUUGUCACAUGAUUUGAAUGGAAUGAGGAAGUGUGUUUGGUGCUGUGCAGUUAGAAAAAAUAAACCAGAUUACAUUUUGAAGUUACUGUUUUCAAAGUUGACUUGUGGUUUGAUUUAUUAAAGAAUGAAUUGUUCUAUGUGAUAUAGCUAUCUUUUAUCUGUAUAUUACUCUUGUAUAUAUAAAUAAUGAGUCUGCUUGCCAGUACGGAUUUUGAUAUUGAAUACCAGUAUACUAUAUUACUGUAAUUUGUAUACCUGAAAUAUGAUGAGGUUGCUCACAAAUGCUUUAAACACACUGACAAAAAUAUCUGAAUGCCUGAAAUGGAUUGAUGUCUGUUGAAAAUAAAUCAUUUCUAAAAUAAAAUCCAAAGUAAA